UUGAGUUAAAGGUAAAUCACUUCAUUAAAGUUGGAUUGUAUAAAGUGACAGGGGAUUUGCAAAGUUGGUUAGUAAUAUUUUGAAAAUUAUAACGAGUUUUGUACCGCAGUGACUUUUUUCUAAGAUGGGAAUAGACGAAGUUUUAAAGUUUCUGAUUUAUGAAUCUGUUUGGCAAUAUGCUUUGUUUUUCCCAUUGGACGUAUGGACGAAGUUGGCUCUUAAGAAAAUCAGCACAGCAGAACAACAGCAGCAUGUAUGGAGAUCUCAAGCCCAAAUUCUGUUGGUUCUUAGUGUGGUGAUUUUAGUUUGGAGACACGUUUUACCAUUUCUCAUGUUGUUGUUAGCCUUUGGAGCUUACUUGUCUGGGAACAAUCUGACUCUGAAAGAAGCUGUUAUUCAUAGUCUCAGAUGUUUCUCAAUAUGGUGGUGGUAUGGAUUGAGCAUACUUAGCACAUACAUAGUUUCUACUUGGUUUUGGUGUGUUUUUAUCAUUGGAGAUGGUAUUACAUACAUAUAUGAUAGAAUACUUGGAAACUUUGAAUCAUCAGUACUGGAAGGUUACUUGUCUGGUUUACUAAUAGAUAUUAAACAUGUAAUGUUUUUUAUGGUGAAAAAAGUCUCUGACUUUGGAAAGAAAACAUGGGCUUCAAUUGUGUUUUGGGCAGAUAUUUUUCAUUCCAGUCCUUGGGAAGAACACUUGUCACCUGAUGAACAACCAGCAUCUGAGAUCACUGCCAGACCAAGUCAAAAUAAUGCUUCAUCAGAUACAAAGAGAAUAUUUGGUCAAGCUCAAUGUGAAGUAGCCCAGCAGAAGGCUACUUUAUUAACCACUCAACAGCUGGAAACCUCAUAUAAAUCACCAACAAACUUUGAAGAGUUGUCUCUUUGUUCUGAAUCACAGAAGAAAUAUCAAUUGCAAAAUGUUGAUGUGAUGUCAAAAUUUGUCCCUGUGUUGGAUUUUGCACAUAAUCUUUGGACUAAGACAUGUGAUCUAUUUAAAAAUAAUUUCAACCAAAUACCUUCUAGAAGUCAACCUUCUUUUAAGGGAACAUAUCCUCCUGGAUUAAAAAACAGAGGACAAAACUUGUGUUUCUUGAAUUCUGUUCUUCAGUGUUUUUUUAGAUCUCCAAAUCUGUGGCCAAAUCUACAGUUUUCUUUAACUGAUGAGGUUAUAUCAGCCAUACAUUUACCUGAGUGUGAUCAGACAUUUUUAAUGUCUUUCAGAGAUCUUAUGCUUGCUGUUCUUAUUCAUUCUCCUACCUUAAAACUUCAAAUUCAGUUCUGUGAAGCUGUUAGUUCUCUUGCACCCUCCUUAGUAAACCCUUCAAUGAGUUGCCAGCACCAGGUGCAACAAGAUGCUGUAGAGUUUCUGAUGUGGCUUAUCAAUAAACUUCACCAAACUCUAAGCAGCAAAGCUCAAUAUCUCCAUCUUCCUUCCAAAAUUAGCUCUGUGAGACCAAGUCUAAAAGAAAUGAAAAAUGGACAUUCACUUACCUGCUCUCCUAGCUUUCAAGAAAAAGUGUGGAAACAAUUAUGUUUUUCAGGUGUCAUCACUCAUUUUACCAAUAAAGAUUUAAGAGAAAUUGGCCAAAAAACUGACCUAGAUUGGCUAAUCUAUAAAAGACAGAACUCAUCACCAAUUGACAGCCAGUUUGUUGGACAAGCAGCAGAAUUUCAUCAAUGUCUGAAGUGCUAUAAGACAUCCUUUACCAGCCAAGUAUACAACAUCCUGGCUUUGCCUCUUUCACUCAAAUUCAAGAAUGGUAGUCAGAGCUUAACCCUGCCAGAACUUCUUGAGGCUUUUACUCAAGUUGAGGAAUUAGUGGAGUCUAAAGAUCUGAGAUGUACUUGUGAAAUAAAUUCAAAAGAAACACCUCAGCUUACUCACAGUUAUAAACAUUCAAGCCCUUUAACACCUUGUGGGUUUGGAUUUACCCCACCAUUCAUACAGAGAGCUUUUAAGGCUAAAACUUCCACACCAGUAACUUUCCCCAUUAGAUUUGCUUCAAGGGCAUGUUCUUCAACACCAUACCCAACCGCAUCACCAUUAAGCAGCCUUCUCCAGAGUCCAAUUUUGCCAGCACCACCAACUAAUCAGUGUUUCAAACUCCAGUCCACUCAGUGGCUGAAAAGAACACUACUGUGUCGUUCACCUCCGUGCCUUAACAUCCAGUUAUUAAGGUUCCAAUAUGAUACAGCUAAAGGAGUGCCUUGCAAAUUAUCUUACCCUGUGGAAGUGCCACUAUUCAAUAUGUUUGUUCCUGUAGUAAAUGGUUCUAAUUCCAUUCUUGAUACAUCAAUUAAAACCCAUAAGUCUCAGGAAUAUGAACUAUAUGGAUUGGUCUUGCACUUAGGAGCACAUUCUACAGCAUAUGGGCACUAUGUAGCUUAUGCACAAGAACAUGACACAACUGGCAAACCUGUUUGGUUCAGAUUUGAUGAUGAGGUUGUGACAGAAGUGAAAAACAUGUCGAUGGAACUGGACAGAAGAGAAGUGCAGGAAAAUGUAUACCUUCUUUUUUAUAAACAAUGCAGUGUUUGAAAAACCAAUCUAUAAAAAUAUUAUUUUAGUGGUAUUUGAAAUACAAAGAAAACUGUCAAAUAAUACCAUGGAUAAUUACUAAUUGGUUAGUUUCUCUGUCACAAAUGUGGUAGUUGACAUGGUUUUUUCUACAGAAAAACAUUUUUUAAACACAUAUUUUUUAUUUGUAUAUAGAUAUCAUACAAGCAUAAUUUUAAUGUAAUUACACAUAUUGUCAUUUCAUCAUCUUAAAAAAUCCUAAAUUUUAGUUUGUAAAUGUAUAAGAAUAAUAAAUAUUCAUGUGACUGUUUUAAAAAUGUUGUAAUAAAUAAAUUUGUACUGACAUUUUAUUGCAAUUUUACUCUCUUUUUAAAUGGCCUAAAUAUAUAUGUUGUACAGUGAGUGGACAGUGGAAGAAAAACCUGAUAGUUUUAAGCUGUGACACAUUUUCACCUUAUCUUAAACUUUUAUUGAUUGGUAUUAUUUUUCUUAUAAUGCAUUACUUACAAUCCUUAGUUUUAUACAUAACAAAAAUAUGGAGUUAUACUAGUAUAGUACACUGAUGUUUAAUAAUGAAGAUGGUUGAUAAAACAUUAAACAUUUU